AUGUUCCCAAGCACCACAUUUCUUAUUGUUUCACUUAGCUUGUUUUCUUUCUGCUCUGCCGUCAUAGACUCUGCAUCUAUAGGCGUUAAGUUUCCAUCCCCCAGUGCUUUGCCAGUCCUUACUCUUCCAUAUGGCUCCUACCGAGCAUCGAGCUACCGGUCAAACAGCGAUAUAUACGUGUUUCGAAAUAUUCGUUAUGCCGCUCCUCCGGUAGGGGACCUCCGUUGGGCGAAACCUGCGCCGCCACAGCUCAACAACACCACCCAAGACGGCAGUUAUGGACCGCAAUGCAUCCAGACCGCAGUGUCUGGACUGAACCUCAUAGGUCCGGGCAACAAGUCCCCCAUUGGUGCUGCCCUCAACCAGUUCCUAGGAGGACUCCCCAUCCCGCUCUUCGGUGGCGGUUCUGAGGACUGUCUCUUUCUUGACCUGUACGUUCCUGGCAAGACACUCCGCGACCUUUCCGGUGCAAAGAAACCUGCGUCCCUCCCAGUAGCGUUCUGGAUUCACGGCGGCGCCUACCUCUUCGGCUCAAAAGAGUCUCUUCAGCCCUUCUUCUACGAUGGCAGCUCUCUCCUGACUCAAUCGGUCCCAAGCCCUGGCUCCAUGAUUUUCGUGUCAAUCAACUACCGCCUCGGAACUUAUGGCUGGCUCGCCGGCACGUCGAUGGAGAAUUCUGCGGUUCCAAAUGUCGGUUUCCAUGACCAGCGAGCGGCUCUCAAGUGGGUCAAGGAUUAUAUUGGCCUUGUGGGUGGUGACCCCAAGCGCGUGACAGCGAUGGGGGAGUCUGCAGGUGCGGGGUCCAUCAUGCACCAUCUUGUGGCCGAGGGCGGAAAGCUCGACCCCAUGUUUCAACGGGCGAUUUUGCAAAGUCCGGCGUAUCAAAUGGCCUGGGAUCGGAACGGGACUGUCGAAGGCAUCUUCAAGAAGUUUGGAGGAUUGGCAGGGUGCGGUUCUGCCUCUGGGAAAGCAAUGGUUGAUUGCCUCCGAAGGGCCUCGCCCGAUGCGAUUGCAAAAGCCAACGCCGCGCUCCAAGCCUCGCAAACGCCUGGAACAUUCGCCGUGGGACCUACGCCUGACGGCAAGUUCAUUCGCCAGAUGCCGCUCCUGGAACUUGCACAGGGAAACUUUUGGAAGGGACAGUCGGGGAGCGAAAUGAGCUUGGUGGUAUCGCACGUCAAGGACGAGUCCAGCCUCUUCGUGAGCGGUGCCAUCCGGACGAACGAACAGUUUUCUCGCUUUCUCGAUGCUGUCUUUCCGAACUACACGAGGGCAGGCGGCCAAGCUGAGAAGGUCGAGCAGUUUUACCCGGUGCCGGGAAAGAAGAGUGUCGAUGGAAAGAGGAAGUAUGACAGUCAGGCGACACGAAUGGCGGCGUUCAUGAGGGACAGUUGCUUCACGUGCAACGUCAGAUACCUAGCAGAAGCCUACACCCCAUCGCGAACCUAUCUGAUGCAGUACUCGGUCUUCCCCUACUUGCAUGCCACCGACCUCCUCCCUACGUUCUUCACCUCAACUCCCUCGCCCUCCUCUUCCUCGUCGCCACAGACCAUUCUCGACUGCCUCUCGACUCUCUUUGCUCCGGCCCUCGCGCCCUUUGUCUCCGGCAUUAGCAUGGCUAUGCAAAGCUACUUUGCCUCCUUCAUUGUCAGUGGUGAUCCGAACAAAUAUCGCAAGGGCCUGCUGAACUUGCCACCGGUGAUCAGCUGGGGAAGACCUUCGGGAAUUGCUACCGCUGGCUCAAAAGCGGCUAGUAGCAAGGAGAGGCUGGGAGGGGUGCUGAAUGUGGGCGAUUGGGGGUUUACGACGAUUAGCGAUGACCAGAACGAGAGGACGCCCUGUGAGUUUUGGAGGGGGUUCGCGAAGGAGGUUACUGAGGCGGGGGAUUAUGAUGUCUGA